UUAUCUGACCUUCAUAAUACGUGAUUACUGAGACUGUGUGGGCGUGCCCCUCUCCUGAGAAGUAUAAAAGAAGGAACCAACUACAUACUAGCCAGAGUGGACGCUGAGAACCACCGGAACAAUGAAGACCUUGGUUAUUGUUGCCUUCCUGGCCGCCCUCUGCUUGGCUGCCACCAGAGCUGCACCUUCCCCAGAUGCUGAGCCUGGUUUCCUGGGAGGUUUUGGAGGCUUUGGGGGCUAUGGUGGCUACGGAGGCUACGGAGGCUACGGACGCUACGGAGGCUAUGGUGGUGGAUAUUCUCCCUAUGGAAUUUAUCGGGGAAAAAGGAGCGCUGAUGCCAGCCCUAAGGCCGACGCUAAGCCUGAAGCUGAUCCCGGUUACUUAGGUGGUCUGGGCUACGGAGGCUACGGUGGCUUUGGUGGCUUUGGAGGCUAUGGUGGCUUCGGAGGCUUCGGGAGAGGAUACGGAGGCUAUGGAUACGGAGAACAUGGUUUUGUUGCCGUCUGGGCUCUGCUUGUAUCACAGCUGCAAACUUCCAGAUGUGAGCCUGUUCUGAGUUUUGAGCUGCUAUGUAGAGUUAUUGUUGCCGUCCUGGCCGCCCUCUGCUUGGCUACCACCAGCGCUGCACCUUCCCCAGAUGCUGAGCCUGGUUUCCUGGGAGGUUUUGGAGGCUUUGGGGGCUAUGGUGGCUACGGAGGCUACGGAGGCUACGGAGGCUACGGAGGCUAUGGUGGUGGAUAUUCUCCCUAUGGAUUUUAUCGGGGAAAAAGGAGCGCUGAUGCCAGCCCUAAGGCCGACGCUAAGCCUGAAGCUGAUCCCGGUUACUUAGGUGGUCUGGGCUACGGAGGCUACGGUGGCUUUGGUGGCUUUGGAGGCUAUGGUGGCUUCGGAGGCUUCGGGAGAGGAUACGGAGGCUAUGGAUACGGAGUAUUUUCAGUUAUUGUUGCCGUCCUGGCCGCCCUCUGCUUGGCUACCACCAGCGCUGCACCUUCCCCAGAUGCUGAGCCUGGUUUCCUGGGAGGUUUUGGAGGCUUUGGGGGCUAUGGCGGCUACGGAGGCUACGGAGGCUACGGAGGCUACGGAGGCUAUGGUGGUGGAUAUUCUCCCUAUGGAUUUUAUCGGGGAAAAAGGAGCGCUGAUGCCAGCCCUAAGGCCGAUGCUAAGCCUGAAGCUGAUCCCGGUUACUUAGGUGGUCUGGGCUACGGAGGCUACGGUGGCUUUGGUGGCUUUGGAGGCUAUGGUGGCUUCGGAGGCUUCGGGAGGAUACGGAGGCUAUGGAUACGGAGGCUGAACACACAUGUCAUUGUUGCCGUUAUGGCUGCCUUCUGCUUGGCUGCCACAUCUGCUUCACCUUCCCCAGAUGCCGAACCUGGUUACCUGGGACGUUUUGGAGGCUACGGAGUCUAUGGUGGAGGAUAUCUUCCCUAUGGAUUUUAUAGGGGAAAAAGGAGCGCUGAUGCCAACCCCAGCUACUUUGGUGGUCUAAGUUUCGGUAGCUUUGGAGGCUAUGGAGGCUUUAGUGGCUUCGGAGGCUUCAGAGGAGGAUAUGGAGGCUACGGAUACUACGGCUGAACAUACAUAACUUCGUUUUAUUUCCAAUAUUACUUUAAAAUAUGAUAAAUAUAAUAGCAAUCAUUUUCA